AUGCUGCGCAAGGUCCCAGCAACCGUUGGCAGCCUCAGAAGCUCUCCGGCUCUCUCACUUCACUCCCGGCUCCGAAUCCAACCUUCAAGAUCUACCUCUACCAAAUCCGCCGAUCCUAAGGACGCAACCUCAGAAAACAUAGUCUCGAACAAAGAUAGCCCCGGAUCCGGCGCUGAAGCGCUCUCCAAGAAGAAAAAGACACAAGCUGAAUUGGAUGACGAGCUGCGUCAGAAGCUUGAGGCCAUGUCCGGUGAUGGCGGCGCAGCAGGGCUAGAACUUGAGGACGGGCAGCCAGUGAGCAUGAAGAGGAGUGUAAAGAACAACAUGUUUCGAUACAUCUGA